AUGAAGCUCUUCCACAACACUUUCCCCACACUUGUCAUUGCAAUCGUAGCGCUGACCUCCUUCGUCAGCAGCCACACACCUCAUCGCCGCCAGACACCAUUAUCCGACUUCCCACAGUACUUCCGCGCGGCCCAAUACGCUCAGGCAGCUGCUUGUCAUCCCAAACUUGGCCAGCACGUCGGCAAUGCUACGGUUGUCUUCCGCGAAGGCGACGGCCGCAGCGUCCCCUUCGCAUAUGUAGCCUACAGCAAGGUCGAUGGCAUCAUCAUUUCCUACCAAGGAACCAACACGUCCGACGUUUCUUCGAUUGCCAACGAUGUUGACCUUGCGCUCGUGCCUACUGGCGCGCUACUUCGCGAUUGCGGCAUCAGUAUACCCGCUUUGGUUCAUGACGGCUUUCAAAAAGCUUGGCUUGCCAGCAGCAUCAACAUCUCAGCUAGCGUCGAUGCACAGGUCAGGCUUCAUCCCAUGGCGCCCAUCGUUGUUGUGGGUCACUCUCUCGGCGGGGCUCUCGCCGCUCUGGAAUAUCUCUACGUCCACUGCCGCCACCCUGACAAGGUCAUCAGGGGCAUCACCUACGGCAUGCCUCGCGUAGGGAACUACCAUCUUGCGGAUGCAGUCGAUCAGAAGGCCGCACGCAGAGAGGGAGGGUUCUUUUCAAGAGUGGUCAACGGCAACGACAUUAUCCCUCAUCUUCCACUGAGAAUCCCCGUCAAAAACAUAUUUGGCUAUUGGCAUUCAGACGGCGAGAUUUGGAUCAACCCGGCCAACGGUAACAAGGUCGUUAAAUGCUCGGGUCAGGAGGAUCCUCGAUGUUCCGACUCCCUCACAUUCUAUGGAGCCGAAGCUCACGAGGGUACUUACUUCGGCGUAUAUCUCGGCGGGCCUAAGAUCUGUCCCGUUCCAUACAUCCACGAUACUCUAUAG